GAAUUCUGGGAAAAAAGACCCACAAGCAGGCCUUUCCAGCUUCCGGCUGUCAUCGGUGGACAUCCGGUUGCAUGCGUGCAGACGGUCAGAGGGAUUACAACACAGCCCGGCGGCGAAUGAGCGGGGAUGGAAAGUACCGGAGCGGAGAUCCGCGCAAGCCCCAUCGCUGCUGUUCACUGAGUGUAACCUCGGUCCAUGGCCGAGGGGCCGAAAAGACGCCCGCUCUCCAACCCUGUUCCGCUGUACAGUUGUAAUCCUUUGUGAUGCGUAUUAUUUGAAAGCAGUUAAGGCGUCACAUAAACAAAGAGAAGCGUGCGAGUCCGGGGAGGAAUAAGAGUCCCGAACGAAGGAGCGUCUAACAAACAGCUACUGCUGACAUUGCACAGCCGGAGACACGGUGAGGUCAUACCUAGGAGAUGUCCACUAUGGUGUGUCCACAUGAGGAGGCCUUGGAGCGUCUCACGCAGGAUGAGAUUGUCCUUAACACCAAGGCUGUGAUACAGGGCCUAGAAACUCUACGUGGGGAGCAUGCUCAGCUGCUCACCUCCCUGCUGGACUGUGGACAUCCACCAGCAGCCCAGGAGAAGUCCACUCUGCUUCGCAAAAGCCUGGAGGCCAUUGAGCUUGGCCUGGGUGAGGCGCAGGUGAUUAUUGCUCUGUCCAGCCACUUGAGUGCAGUGGAGUCGGAGAAGCAGAAGCUGCGGGCACAGGUGCGUCGGCUGUGCCAGGAGAACCAGUGGCUGCGGGAUGAGCUGGCAGGAACCCAGCACAAACUGCAGAAGAGCGAGCAGAGUGUGGCCCAGCUGGAGGAGGAGAAGAAACACCUAGAGUUCAUGAACCAGAUAAAGAAGUUCGAUGAUGAUGUGUCACCCUCAGAUGAGAAGAACAAUGAGACCUCCAAAGACAGCCUGGACGACCUGUUCCCCAAUGAUGAUGACCACGGACCAGCCCAACGCAGCGGAGAGGCGGCAGCCCAGCAGGGUGGCUAUGAAAUCCCAGCUCGAUUGCGUACCCUCCACAACCUGGUGAUCCAGUACGCCUCCCAGGGGCGCUACGAGGUGGCCGUGCCCCUGUGCAAGCAGGCGCUGGAGGACCUAGAGAAGACCUCUGGCCAUGACCAUCCUGAUGUAGCCACCAUGCUCAACAUCCUGGCCCUGGUGUAUAGGGAUCAGAACAAGUACAAAGAGGCUGCACACCUGCUAAACGAUGCCUUGGCCAUCAGGGAGAAGACGCUGGGCAAGGACCAUCCGGCUGUGGCAGCCACGCUCAACAACCUGGCCGUGCUCUAUGGCAAAAGGGGCAAAUACAAGGAGGCGGAGCCUUUGUGCAAAAGGGCUCUGGAGAUCCGGGAGAAGGUUCUCGGGAAGUACCACCCCGAUGUGGCAAAGCAGCUGAACAACUUGGCUCUGUUGUGCCAGAACCAGGGCAAAUAUGGUGAGGUGGAGUACUAUUACCGCCGGGCACUGGAGAUCUAUGAAUCCAAGCUGGGCGCCGACGACCCUAACGUGGCCAAGACAAAGAACAACCUGGCUACAUGCUACCUUAAGCAGGGGAAGUUCAAUGAGGCAGAGUGUCUCUACAAAGAGAUUCUGACCCGAGCUCAUGAGAAGGAGUUUGGAUCUGUCAAUAAUGACAAUAAGCCCAUUUGGAUGCAUGCAGAAGAGAGGGAACAGAGCAAGGACAAACGCAAGGACUCUGGUAUUUAUGUGGAAUAUGGUGGCUGGUACAAGGCUUGCAAAGUGGACAGUCCCACAGUGAAUAACACCCUGAAGAGCCUGGGCACGCUCUAUCGUCGGCAGGGCAAGCUGGAGGCUGCUAAGACCCUGGAGGAAUGUGCAACCAAGUCCCGCAAGCAGGGCAUCGAUGCCAUUAACCAGAGCAAAGUGGUGGAGCUGCUGAAGGAUGGCAUGCUGGGCGCUGAUGAGCGGCGGCAGAGCCGGGACGGCCUGAACACUCCCGGGGGGCUGCGUGGUGAGGGGGAGGGUGAAGACAACGCUGAGUGGAACGGGGAUGGAAGCGGCUCCCUGCGCCGUAGCGGCUCAUUUGGCAAGAUCCGGGACGCCCUGCGCAGAAGCAGCGAGAUGCUGGUGAAGAAGCUGCAGGGCAGCGGCCCCCAGGAGCCACGCAAUCCUGGCAUGAAGAGAGCUUGCUCCCUUAACUUCCUGAAUAAGAGCGCAGAGGACCCCUCCCAGCAGCCCAGCAAUGGCCUGUCAGAAUCUAGAGGACUGAGUGCCAGCAACGUGGACCUGUCAAGGCGCAACUCUCUCAUUGGUUGAAAACAAAAGUUGGGGCAGGGCAGGAAAACGAAUGCCCUUGAUGGAGGUGUGGCUUAAUCCUGCUCAUUUAAGAAGAAGAAAUUGCUGAAGGAAAACAUUCAUUUAUUUAUAUAUAACAAAAAAAUGACCAUGGCUUUGACAGUGCGAUCAGUACAGGGAGAUGUCUGCUUUCUGUAAACUACACUGGAAAUGAUCAAAGAUAUAUAAGAACGACCAUGACCUUGAAGAGCAGCUGUAUAAACCUGCAUGCCGCUUUUAGGCUUGAGUUCUGGCUCUUUGGCCAGAAAAUUGAUGCAAGGUUCAAGGGGUAUGAACUGAUGUGUAAAAAAAAAAAAAAAAAAAAAAAAGGGGAGGGAAGAAAAAAAUCAGUUUCAUUCUUUGCAGACACUCCUCAAAUAUUAGAAGCAUACCACUAGCUAGGAACAUGUUACAUUAUGUAUCUUAACGUAUUUAAGUAGUGGCAUGAAUGGAGAAUGCUCCCUACAUGCUCAGCUCCGCAACUAUCAUCGUUAGAACUGUAUGUAAAAAGUAUGUCUACAAGUAAGAUUUGCUUGUUUUGAGAAUCAAAGAGUUUAAAGGGAAAAACACUUAAUUUGUGUGUAUUGCAAAAUCAGCAACAUGGUACAGCUGAAUUUCACUUUUUGCCUUCUUAUUUCUGUGUGUGUAUAUAUCGGUAUAAAUUAUUUUCCUUUGUACAUAGGGCAUAGGGAAUUUGUUUACAUCAUAGAUGUUAGGCAUGUCAUGUCAUAUAACUCUCUGUAAUAUAGUUUCACUUUGAUGCUUGCUGGAAACCAACCCACUUAACCCAAAACCCAGUUCCUAAGAUGAUGUGGUUCAGUAUAGGUGGGCGUGUCAGGGAAAUGACGAGAGAUCCUGCUCUGCUCGCUGCCAUUUGUAGUGCUUUCUUGUUGUAGCCCUCCUAUAGCAACCUGGGGAUGUAUUUAUUUUAAUUUGCGAGGGGGGGUGGACUUGUCUUUCAUGUUUCACAUCAUUAACCCCAUCCUUGUAAGUUUAGCUAACAAAGGCUUACAUGUUCAUCUCCUUUUGUCAUUUAUAAUUUAGAGGAAAUCCACCGUACUCUCAUUGGAUUAGAGUGCUCAUACAUUAUAGUGCGUUGAGUGUUAUGAAACCAGCGUAAAGGCUUUCCAGGCAGUACGGUAGCUGGCCAAUCAGCAUGGCAGCUCCAGGCAGAACAGUAGCUGACCAAUCAGCAUGGCAGCUCCAGGCAGAACAGUAGCUGACCAAUCAGCAUGGCAGCUGUGCCAUGUAACUGCUUUCAUAGGCAUUGCCACAUGAGCCCAGUAAGCACCUCAGUGAUAUUAAGGUGUUGCGCUGCUAGUGCUUGGAUUGCAGUUGCCAAAUAUAGGAAGGUUGUCAUGUUCUUCUGGACUUCUGUAAUUACGAACACGUAUAAACCCUUCAGGUGAACUGUGAAGAAAUUUAGUCUCUUUUUUUUUCUUAUCUAAUUGUCUCCACAGAGUGUCAGUGGUUUCUCAGUAGUGUGCGAUUCAGUUGCUGUCUAGUCCAUAUAGUGCGUACAAAGACGUGCUGGGGGACAAACCUACUGUAAAGGGGGGGGGGGGGCUGAUUGUCUCUGAGGAAAGCACUUGAUGGGUUUGAAUGUCUGCCUGACGGAGGUGGGGCUCAGUACUCAUGAGAGGAGGGGGAUGGUAGAAGUGGUGGGCAGAGCAGUGUGACGUUGAGGGGAUGACAGACAUUGAUGGAUGUUUUGUCUGCCUUGGCUGGGGAAGCUUUCCCCUGCUGUAAGGAGAUGAGUGAUGCAUGGUCUAUGGCUUUGGUCACUCAUCCUCACAUGCCUCAUUCCGACAAACCCUCUGUGUUGCUGCUUUCAUGUGAGGUCCAUGUGACGCUGUAACCAGGCGUGAGCAGCCAUGUGGGAUCCCUUCAGCAAGCCUGUCUCAUUUGUGUGUGUGUCUGUCCACUGUGGACCAUGCAAACCUGUCAGCCCCUCAGGCUGGGAUACAGUGACCCAGGUACCUGGGAGUGGACGGCUGGCUUGGGUGUGUUUGUAUUGCAUCUUACAGUGAGGGUUCCAGCCUGGGGAGCUUUUAAUAAAGGUUCAUUAAAUAAAAUUAUACUUUUCAAACUC